AUGCAUGCAAUCCAAACCAAAGAAGCAAAUAUGCCUUUGUUUUCUCAGCCACUUCUUCAUUUUGCCUUACUAAUCAUCCUCCUCCCCUUUAGUUUACACAACCAUGAUUUAGUUGGUGCAUCAUCAGCCACUUUAAGCAUUACCACAGACACAGAAGCCUUGAUCUCAUUGAAGUCUCAAUUGAGCAAUGACACUCUCAACCCUUUAUCUUCUUGGAACCAAAGUUCAUCCCCUUGCAAAAAUUGGACUGGUGUGCUAUGUGACAAGCUUGGCCAAAGAGUGACUAGCCUUGAUCUUUCAGGCUUGGGACUCUCAGGUCAGCUAACUGCUUAUAUAGGUAACUUGUCCUUUCUCGAGUCUCUCCAAUUGCAGAAUAACCAACUCACAGGGGUGAUUCCUCACCAAAUUUCCAAUCUAUUCAGUUUGAGAGUUCUAAACAUGAGCUCUAACUUAUUUGAAGGAAAUCUUCCUUCAAACAUCACCAACUUGAAUCAGCUCCAGAUUCUUGAUCUAUCCUCCAACAAGAUUGUCAGCAACAUUCCUGAAGAUAUCAGCAGCUUGAAAAGGCUUGAAGUCUUGAAACUAGGAAGAAAUAGCCUCUAUGGUGCAAUCCCAGCAUCUCUAGGAAACAUUUCUUCACUCAAAAAUAUCAGCUUUGGCACCAACACUCUCAGUGGUUUGAUUCCAAGUGAGUUGGGUAGGCUCCAUAAUUUGAUUGAGCUUGAUCUCACUCUUAACAAUCUAACUGGGACCGUUCCACCUUCUAUAUAUAACUUAUCUUCCCUUCUUAACUUGGCCUUAGCUGCAAACUCUUUGUGGGGUGAGAUUCCUCAUGAUGUUGGUCACAAACUCCCAAAACUGUUGGUGUUCAAUUUCUGCUUCAAUAAAUUCACAGGUAGAAUUCCAGGGUCAUUGCACAACCUCACCAACAUUAGGAUCAUUCGCAUGGCUUCCAACCUUUUGGAAGGAACAGUGCCACCUGGUUUGGGAAAUCUACCAUUUCUUCACAUGUAUAAUAUUGGUUAUAAUAGGAUAGUGAGUUCAGGUGUGAGAGGCCUAGACUUCAUUACUUCAUUGACGAAUAGCACCCACCUGAACUUCCUAGCAAUUGAUGGCAAUAUGCUGGAAGGUGUGAUUCCUGAAACCAUUGGCAAUCUCUCCAAGGAACUCUCAAAAUUAUACAUGGGAGAGAAUCGUUUCAAUGGAAGCAUACCCUCCUCCAUUGGUCGUCUUAAUGGUUUGAGGUUGUUAAACUUAAGCUACAAUUCAAUCUCUGGAAAAAUCCCACAUGAGCUAGGCCAGUUAGAGCAAUUGCAAGAGCUAUGUCUGGCAGGAAAUAAGAUAUCCGGAAGUAUUCCAAAUUCCCUUGGUAAUCUUCUAAAGUUAAACCAAAUUGAUUUGUCAAGAAACCAACUUGUGGGGAGAAUACCUAUUAGUUUUGGAAAUUUUCAAAACCUGCUCUACAUGGACUUAUCCAGCAACAAACUCAAUGGAAGCAUUCCAAUUGAAAUCCUCAAUCUCCCAACUUUGAGCAGUGCUUUGAACUUGUCUAUGAACUUUUUGAGUGGACAAAUUCCCCAAGUUGGGAAAUUGAUUAGCGUUGCCUCCGUUGACCUUUCUAGCAACCAAUUGUUUGGUGACAUCCCUGGCUCAUUCAGCAAUUGUCUCAGCUUGGAAAAGUUGAUUUUGGCCAGGAAUCUGCUUUCGGGUCCCAUUCCAAAGACUCUUGGAGAUGUGAGAGGCUUGGAAACUUUGGACCUGUCCUCCAACCGACUCAGUGGAUCCAUUCCUGAUGCACUUCAGAAUCUACAUAUCCUUAUGCUGUUAAACCUCUCUUACAAUGAUCUAGAAGGAAUAAUUCCAAGUGGUGGAGUUUUUAAAAAUCUCUCAGCUGUCCAUUUUGAAGGCAAUAGGAAACUCUGCUUGCAUUUUGCAUGCGUGCCUCAUGGCCAAGGAAGAACAAAUGUAAAACUUUACAUCAUCAUAGCCAUAGUGGUAGCAUUGAUACUAUGUCUCACAAUUGGCUUCCUACUAUAUAUAAAGAAGAGAAAAGUGAAGGUAACAACAGCUGCAGCAUCUGAACAGCUAAAACCUCAAGUUCAAAUGAUCUCGUAUGAUGAGCUUCGGCUGGCAACGGAAGAGUUCGGCCAGGAAAAUUUAAUAGGAGUUGGGAGCUUUGGCUCAGUUUAUAAAGGCCAUCUAAGUCAUGGAAAUACUGUAGCAGUGAAAGUCCUUGACCCUCUGAGAACCGGUUCUUUGAACAGUUUCUUUGCAGAGUGUGAAGCUAUGAGGAACGCAAGGCAUCGAAAUCUGGUUAAGCUGAUCACAUCAUGCUCUAGUAUUGACUUCAAAAACAAUGAUUUUCUGGCUCUGGUGUAUGAGUACUUGUGUAAUGGUAGCUUGGAAGACUGGAUUAAGGGGAGGAGAAAGCACGAAAAUGGAAAUGGGUUGAGCCUUAUGGAAAGACUGAAUAUAGCUAUAGAUGCUGCUUGUGCAUUGGAUUACCUGCACAAUGACAGUGAAAUUCCAAUUGUGCACUGUGAUUUGAAGCCUAGCAACAUUCUACUGGAUAAAGACAUGACAGCAAAGGUUGGUGACUUUGGAUUGGCUAGGUUGCUGAUUCAAAGACCAAGUAAUCAAGUUUCCAUUAGCUCUACUCGUGUCCUUAGGGGUUCAAUUGGUUACAUACCUCCAGAGUAUGGAUGGGGAGAGAAACCAUCAACAUCUGGAGAUGUAUAUAGUUUUGGCAUAGUGUUACUAGAGCUCUUCACUGGGAAAAGCCCAACAGAUGAGUACUUCACCGGAGGCCUAAGCAUAAGAAGAUGGGUGCAAUCAGCAUUCAAAGAGAAGAGUGUGCAAGUCAUUGACCCUCAAUUGCUAUCCCUCAUUUAUAAUGGUGACACAGCUAUGGGACCAAAUCUACAACUCCAUUGGGUGGAUGCAAUUGUAGGAGUUGCCAUAUCCUGCACUGCAGAAAAUCCAGAUGACCGCAUGGGCAUUAGAGAUGCUUUUCGCCAACUAAAAGCUGCUAAAGACUCCCUUUUGAAACUGUCUGAUAUCAAGAGUCCUACUGCUGCUGCCGCUACCAAGCGUUACUUCCUCGUUUCAGUAAAGUGA